AUGGAUGAUGGCUUUGCUUUGAAACAGGGAAAGCAAAUUCACGGAUACAUGAUAAGAAGUGAGAAGGAAUUGAGUGUUAAUAUUGGAACGGCACUGAUAGCAUUUUACGGGAAAAUGGGAUGCUUAAAUUAUGCGUUUAAAGUGUUUGAUGCUAUGAGUGUCAGAAAAGUUUGUGCUUGGAAUGCUAUGAUAUGUUCACUGGCUUCAAAUGGCAGGGAAAGUCAGGCGUUAGAUAUGUUUGAGAGCAUGAAGAGCCUGGGACUGUGUCCAAAUGAAGUUACUUAUGUGGGUGUCCUAUCAGCUUGUGCUCGGAAAAAGCUAGUAGAUUUGGGUUUGGAUUUGUUUCGAUCAAUGGCGCUUGAUUUUUCCAUUACACCCAGAAUGGAACAUUAUGGAUGCGUGGUUGAUCUCUUGGGUAGAGCAGGUCUUUUGAGAGAAGCGUAUGAAUUUGUGGCGACCAUGCCUUUUAAGGCCGAUGCCUCUGUCUUGGGUGCGCUUUUGGGUGCUUGUAGGGUUCAUGGGGAUGUUGAUUUGGGAAAUGAAGUUGGUAGGCAGUUGCUUGAAUUGCAACCUGGCCAUUGUGGACGGUAUGUGCUGCUGUCAGGCAUUUAUGCUGGAGCGGGAAUAUGGGACCACGCGGCUACCUUGAGGAAAGUAAUGGCAAGAGUCGGGAUUCAGAAAGUUCCGGCUUUUAGUAUCCUACUAAACGUGGCCAAUAAGCAUAACGAAGAAGAAUAUAAUGAAAAUGAGUUGUCGUCUGACUCCAGCCGAGAGGCGGUACAUGGAAAGGUGGCUGAAAAUAGAGCCUUGCCAAGGCUGCUAGGAAAUCCCACCAAUUCAUGCACUCAAUCAGUAUUUGGCUAACCUUAGCGAGUAUUAUGUCAUUCCCAAAGUAGGGCACGGCUGAUCAUUUUGAAUCGUGGAACUCUUUAUUUUUGUUAUUGUUUAUUCCCUCCUGUUGCUUGUGCAUGUUUGAGUAGCUGCUGGAUCUCAGGACUUUGUUGGUGGGGGUGCACAACUUUCGGUUAACCGACCGGAACUAAAAGUUCGAUUUGGAAUGAAAUUCAAAUCGAAAUAUCAGAACUAAAAAUUCGAGUUGGACUGAAAUUGAAACCGAAUAUUUGGUUCGGUUUUCGGUUUAUAUUUUCUUAACAUUUCGGUUUGGUUUGGAUAAUAGUGAUCGGUUAAUCGAACUGAAUCCGAAAAUCGAUAUAUAUUUUUGAGCUUGAAUGACAACCAAGUAUUAGCGUGUGAACCGUGAGAAUCGCUAUUUUAAUUGUAUGAAGUGCUAUGAUU